AAAUAGGUCCUCCGGGGUCACCUCACCUUGGAUGGAAGAGAACAUGGCGGCCUCAACCACCCAGCCUUCAUCAUCGCCUCCUCUUCCUUCCCCAGAAGAAUCAACGAAGUCCAAGCAUCAACAAAACGGCACAGAGUCUCCUUCUGCAUCGACGCCUCCACCGCCUUCCGUGACACGGCUUUGGAGGCCGGUCGCGCAGCGAAACCUCAGGAACCAGUGGUCCAAAAUGGCUUCUUACAACCAAGAAUGGUCCUCCUCUUCUUCAUCCGCCAGGUCCCACGCGACGUCUCUCGUCAACUCGUAUCUUUCUCAAAGGUACAUGAAUGCCAUGGAGUUGGGUGUCCUGAGCGAUAUGCCGGACAUUAGGAAGAAAGCUUGCUGGAAAUUGUUUAAGCAGCAGGAUCUGCAUCGGAGAAAGCUUUUAUCAUCCUACAAGGAUAUGGUGGCUGUUCUUGUGCUCAUGGUCAACACCAGCAGAUCUAUGAGGAGCUUUAUUAAGGGCACUAGUAGUCCGCUUGUCCAAUUUUCUAGCUUUUCAGAAGAUAAGAAUGACAAUGGCGAUGGAGGGGGGAUCCCAGUAUAUACCUUUUGGUCAAUCUCUUCUUUUGAGGGCUUGGCAUAUGAGCUUGUUCAGAUGUUCAGAUUGGAAUUAAAUUUGAAGCGGCUUCUUGUUGUAGAGUUACUCUCCAUUAGUUCUGACGAAGUUUCGAUUAAUCGGGUGUGCUGGUUAGAUGAGCUCUAUACUGGAGAAUUUGACGAUUUAUGUAUAUGCGACUUGUAUUCCAAAGAAGUUGGUGAACCAGUUCGUCCAAAGAUAGAGGGUUGGAAAUCUGAUACAUCUGCUGAACAAUCUAAUUGUCAACCAGACCAGGAUGUUUUGCAGGUUUACUUAACAACUUGGCUAGCAGAGGUGAACAUAGAUACAUACAGGGUGGAUGAAAUUUUUGCCACAGUAGGAGAGGAAAUGCAUGUUAGCCUUACUUGAAGCUACGUCUGCAGCACUUGUACAAGAAAAAAGACACUCAGAAAGAUUGUCGCCGGUCUCGUGCCGGUGAGGGUUUCAUUCAAUAUCUGAUGGAAAAUGAAUCUCUUUGUUCUAACUUGGUAAUUUCCUUCCCUGACCGUGGGAGUGUUCAUAGCAUUCAAUCCUUGGUAUUCAUUCCUUUUCGGAUGGAGUCCAUUCGAAAUGAAAUGGGAGUCUUGUGAAGUUCAGGAUUGGAUGUAGAUGUUGGUGGCCCUCUGAAGCUAUAAGGCUUCUGAUGGUCCGAAAUGGGUUCGUUAAUGGGAUCUAACGAACCCAUUUCCACCGCGGAGUGGUCACGAAGGAGAUUCUGUGUCUGAUUGUUGUAUAAACAAGAUAGAUCAUGUCACUCAAAUAUGUUUGAUAUAUUUAUCAUGUAUGUGUGGACAAUGUGCCUGAAAUGUUAUUCCAGCCAGGUUAGCAA